UUGGCCCAAUAAGUAAUACUUCAGUCUUAUCUGAAGAAAAUUACUAGUCAUCCAAUGUUUUACUUCUUUAACACACUCUGUCAGAUUGGAUAAUUUAGAGAUUUCAUCUGGUUGUGUUUAAAUCGAGCGCAGCGUUAGUUCAGGAAGGCCACGUAGGCAUAGUGCUGCGACCAGCUGACGCGGUCAGCUGUCAAAUCGCUCCAAUCAUUACCAUUCUCCUAUUAGACACGGGACAUAUAUACGUGGCAUUGCUGCUCGAUCACUACCUUUAAAGUCAAUAAGGCUUCAAGUCCCGGCUGGCAUGGACCUCACUGCUGAGAGACACUCAUCCUCAUAACCAAGCUACAGUAUAGACGUCCCACAUAUCUACACGAUACCACGUUCGCUCUUAAAGACAUUACUAGUGUCUUAAUUGUCUCUGUAUUUCCAAGCUGAUGGUUCCGGGGGGUUAAUGUUAAAGCUCUUGUAUGUUCAAUUAAUUUUGGAGCAAGAACCCCCAUAAGGAACCAUACCGCCAAAGAUAAUUGUGUUCAAUAAACUCAAGUAACUUGCCAAAGUGGUCCUGUCUGAAAUAUAUAAUUGAGUAUCAUCGGCAUAGCAGUGGAAGCUAAUUUCAUGUUUUCUUAAAUAUUGCCGAGUGGCAAAAUGUAUAUUGAAAAUAGCAGAGGGCCUAAUACGGAUCCUUGCGGCACUCCAUAAUAGACACUGUUUCUAUAGACUGUACUGCACUCACAUUUCUAUCAAUUAAGUGGGCAGAACACAGACUGUGAUUUGAGGUUUGACUUACUAGUCAUAUGGUGCGAAGCGUCUUCUCUGACAGAAGAUCAGCUCCGAUUCUGCUGGGGUGCAGGCCAUCAGCACUGAAGAGCCUAGGUCGCUCCCAGAAAAGCUUUCAAUUAUUUAUAAAGAGCAGCUUCUGUUCAUUACACCAAGACAUUAACCAUUCAUUUAAAGCAAAUAAUCUAUUGAACCUUUCAUGUCCACGUCGGUACAUCAGAAGCGGUCCGGACACGAUCGUCUUCAUCGCGGGCGAUGUGGCUCGUACCGUCUCGAUCAGACUCCUGAAGUCCUGCUUCAGUACCUCCGCCUGCCGCAGCCUGGUGUCAUUCACCCCCGCGUGCAGAACAACAGCUCCGAUGUUCUCAGCACCAUUCGGGAUCGAGGGAAUGGCGCUGUGUAGCGACGUUGAGAACACGAGCACCAGGAAAACAGUGACUGCGCACCUUACCUUUGGUUUUGCUAGCGUGGACGUGGCGGACGAUGGAGUCUCCGAUGACCACGGCGUCACGUUCCGCCUCGCGAAGAGGGGAGAAGCAGUUCCUCGUCGAGACCUCGAAGACCGGGGGCGGCGGAGGAGGAGAGGUCCUGCUCCGAGGCCUGGCCUGUGCCUUCCGCUGCUGAAGAACCCAAGGUCCCUGGUGUGACGGUGCCGGAGUGAACAAGGGCUGGGAUGAAUGCGUUCUGGGUACUCGGGCCCUGUGCAGAGAAACACACGGCGUAGAGCAAGCAGGAGUGUUAACCCUUUCGCACGUAAG